GCGAGGAGGAGCUGCGCUCUCUAGGACCCGAGGAGGGAGAGCUGCAGGGAGACGGAGCCUCCAGCGGGUGCUGCCGCGAGCGGCCGGCCGAGGGGGCUGGAAAUGAAAGUAAAGCGCUCCGGAGCCACAUGGACCGAGCUGCCCGGGCGGCGGCGCCGGGAGCAGGAUGCGGCCGCCCGUAAUUAAAUAGCAUUUACUCUUAUUAUUACUAAUAAUAAUAACGUAAUCAUACCUCUAGUCAUAGCAUACCAUUUAUCGGGCUCGGCGCAGGCCCGCGGGGAGCGCAGCCCGGCCGAGACACUGAUGGAGAGGCAGAAACGGAAGGCGGACAUCGAGAAGGGGCUGCAGUUCAUUCAGUCAACACUACCCCUAAAGCAAGAAGAAUAUGAGGCUUUCCUGCUCAAGCUUGUGCAGAACCUGUUUGCCGAGGGCAACGACCUGUUCCGGGAGAAGGACUACAAGCAGGCUCUGGUGCAGUAUAUGGAAGGGCUGAACGUGGCUGACUACGCCGCCUCUGACCAGGUGGCUCUACCCCGGGAACUGCUGUGCAAGCUGCAUGUCAACAGGGCCGCCUGCUACUUCACCAUGGGCCUGUAUGAGAAGGCACUGGAGGACAGUGAGAAGGCCUUGGGCUUGGAUGGCGAGAGUAUCCGGGCGCUGUUCCGCAAGGCACGCGCCCUCAACGAGCUGGGGCGCCACAAAGAGGCCUAUGAAUGCAGUAGUCGGUGCUCCCUCGCUCUUCCCCAUGAUGAAAACGUCACUCAGCUGGGUCAGGAGCUGGCUCAGAAGCUCGGACUGCGGGUGCGGAAAGCCUAUAAGAGACCCCAGGAAUUGGAAACAUUUUCUCUGCUUAGUAAUGGCGCCCCGGCUGGCUUAACAGAUCAGGGAACUUCUAAUGGAUUGGGAUCUAUAGAUGACAUCGAAACAGACUGCUACGUGGAUCUCCGAGGCUCCCCAGCCCUGCUCCCCUCCACUCCCACAAUGCCCCUGUUCCCUCAUGUUCUGGACCUACUGGCCCCCCUGGAUGGCAGCAGCAGGACACUCCCCAGCACUGAGGGCCUGGAUGACUUCUCGGAUGGGGAUGUGUUUGGUCCAGAAUUGGACACCCUCCUGGACUCUCUGUCUCUGGUCCAGGGUGGCCUUCCUGGCAGUGGUAUGCCUAGUGAGCUGCCUCAGCUGAUCCCCGUGUUUCCUGGUGGGACCCCACUCUUGCCACCUGUGGUGGGUGGCUCCAUCCCCGUGUCCAGCCCACUGCCUCCUGCCUCCUUUGGCCUUGUCAUGGACCCCUCCAGGAAGCUGGCUGCUUCUGUCCUGGAUGUCCUUGACUCUCCAGGGCCCACGCUGGACCCCCUGGAUCUCUUACCAUAUUCUGAGGCUCGGCUGGAUGCCCUUGACAGCUUUGGGUCAGCCCGAGGCUCCCUGGACAAGCCGGACUCCUUCCUAGAAGAGACCAGCUCACAGGACCACCGACCCCCAAGCAGUACUCAGAAGCCAACCCCCUCGCCGGAGCCCUCAAUGCCCAACACCGCCCUGCUCAUCAAGAACCCUCUGGCUGCCACCCAUGAGUUCAAGCAGGCCUGCCAGCUCUGCUACCCCAAAACAGGCCCCAGGGCUGGCGACUAUACCUACCGUGAGGGCCUCGAGCACAAGUGCAGAAGGGAUGUCCUCCUCGGCCGACUCCGGAGCUCGGAGAACCAGAUCUGGAAGCGCAUCCGGCCCCGGCCCACCAAAACCAGUUUUGUGGGCUCCUACUACCUGUGCAAAGACAUGAUUAACAAGCAAGACUGUAAGUACGGAGAUAACUGCACCUUCGCCUACCAUCAGGAGGAGAUCGAUGUGUGGACAGAGGAGCGGAAGGGCACGCUCAAUCGGGACCUGCUCUUUGACCCUCUGGGGGGUGUCAAGCGCGGCAGCCUAACCAUUGCCAAGCUCCUGAAAGAGCACCAGGGCAUCUUCACCUUCCUCUGUGAGAUCUGCUUCGACAGUAAGCCCAGGAUCAUCAGCAAAGGCACCAAGGACUCUCCAUCUGUCUGCUCCAACCUGGCUGCCAAGCACAGCUUUUACAACAACAAGUGCCUGGUGCACAUCGUCCGCUCCACCUCUCUCAAGUACUCCAAGAUCCGUCAGUUCCAGGAGCACUUCCAGUUUGACGUGUGCCGCCACGAGGUGCGCUAUGGUUGCCUGCGCGAGGACAGCUGCCACUUCGCCCAUAGUUUCAUUGAGCUCAAGGUCUGGUUGCUGCAGCAGUACUCAGGAAUGACCCACGAAGACAUCGUUCAGGAAUCCAAGAAAUACUGGCAACAGAUGGAAGCCCACGCAGGGAAGGCCAGCAGCAGCUUGGGUACCCCAAGGACACACGGACCCAGCACCUUUGACUUGCAGAUGAAGUUUGUGUGUGGUCAGUGUUGGAGGAAUGGCCAGGUGGUAGAGCCGGACAAAGACCUCAAGUACUGCAGUGCCAAGGCCCGGCAUUGCUGGACCAAGGAGAGGCGGGUCCUUCUGGUGAUGUCCAAGGCCAAGAGGAAAUGGGUGUCCGUGAGGCCACUGCCAUCCAUUCGAAACUUCCCACAGCAAUAUGAUCUCUGCAUCCAUGCCCAGAAUGGCCGCAAAUGCCAGUAUGUGGGAAACUGCUCCUUCGCACACAGCCCUGAGGAGAGGGACAUGUGGACCUUCAUGAAGGAGAACAAGAUCCUGGAUAUGCAACAGACCUAUGACAUGUGGCUGAAAAAACACAACCCAGGGAAGCCAGGAGAAGGGACCCCCAUCAGCUCUCGGGAAGGAGAGAAGCAGAUCCAGAUGCCUACAGACUAUGCUGAUAUCAUGAUGGGCUACCACUGCUGGCUCUGCGGCAAGAACAGCAACAGCAAGAAGCAGUGGCAACAGCACAUCCAGUCUGAGAAGCACAAGGAGAAGGUCUUCACUUCUGACAGCGACGCCAGUGGCUGGGCCUACCGUUUCCCCAUGGGCGAGUUCCGACUCUGUGACAGGCUCCAGAAGGGCAAGGCCUGCCCAGACGGGGACAAGUGCCGCUGUGCCCAUGGACAGGAGGAACUCAACGAGUGGCUGGACCGGCGUGAGGUGCUGAAGCAAAAGCUUGCCAAGGCCCGCAAGGACAUGCUUCUGUGUCCACGGGAUGAUGACUUCGGCAAAUACAACUUCUUGCUGCAAGAGGAUGGGGACACCACUGGUGCCACCCCAGACGUCCCCGUUGCUGCAACUGCUACUGCUGCCGCCACCACCACUGGAGAGUAGACACAGCCUCUCCUGGCUCCCCAAGACAUUCCAGAAUGCUCCACCCCAUUGGCACAAGAAGUGGGGCACCCUUCCUCCCACCCCAGAAGGAACCAGAAACAGACUAUCAAGAAGUGAGAUAGACUUAAGCAGACACUCCUGCUUUUCCUCCAGCUGGGGUUGCUAGUGCUCCAGGGCACAGUGAUAGGCACCUGAGCAAGCGUAAAGGACCCAUUCCUAAUCCUGCCACUGCCCAACCUUCUCCCGAUAACCAUGGCAUGCACCUUUCCCUCUCCCCUGCCCCUCUUCCCUAACCCCAGCUGGCUAGCACUGCAGAGUUUGGGUGCUGGCAAUAUGGCUGGAGGGGAGGUGAGACCACAUCUAAGGUGGGGACCAUGGCCGUGAAUGUGGAUGACACUUGUUCUCCUGACUCGUGGUGUUGCAGUCUGUUGUCACCAGCCUUGUUUUAGUGUGUAUAUAUGUCGCCCCUGUGAUGCAUAUAUACACAGGUAUUAAAUAUAUCGCUCUAUAUAAUAUUAUAUAUGUGUGUGGUAUCCAAGGAAUCUCUUCUAUUGAGGGCUAAAGAUAAAGAAUUUGGCACACAAAAAAAUGCAGACAUCCUUGUGAAUUUUGAGUGCUUAUGGGGUCAUCUGGUUAUUUAGGGCACUGAGACUGGAGCCAUGGCUCAGAUUUGGGCAGAAAUGGCAGGGUAACCCACACCUGGGCCCUGCUCUAACUGCUAGUUUCCCAGAGAUCCAUGUCUAGAGAGGAAUGCCAGUGUGCUCAGGAAAAGGAAGAAAUUAGUGUUUGUUUCCCACCAGAGGAGGAUGAAUCCAGAGUUUUCCUGCUGUUCAUCUGUCCAGGGGUCUCUGAGAUCUGGGCUCCCUUACAUUCUAGACCUGUGUCCCUCACACGGAAGAAAAGGACGGUAGGGAUGACCUGGGGUGGGGAACAACAAAACGUCUUAAAUGACGAGUAUAGUUAAUCUGAUGUGACCUCUCUAGGGCCCCUGGUUGGAAGGCUCAGGGUUGAAGCUGGGCCUAGGAGCAAGAACAAGAUUGCACAGUAGACAUGGAGUUAAGGCAGUGGGUGGGGAUGCUGCAUUUCUCAGCUGGGCAGUAAUCAAUCUAAUGGUCCUUUAAAAAUGUCUGUAUUAAAAUUUAAGAAUACCACACUUUAAUAUUAAAUAUCCUAAGGUCUAGUAUCUUGAUAAUAAUGUAGAUGUUUUAAUAACAAUUUUUGUCCUUCUUAAAAUAAAAUGAGAGAAAAAUUUGC